AUUAUUUCUAUAGCAAUAUCCCCUCAAAAAAAAAAUCAUCUUCAUAAUUCAAUUUCCCUCUCUUAGCUUUCAACUAUCAUCCCUCAUUUGGAUGUUGUUGUUUGCUUAAGAAGGAAAACAAACAACUCAACUCCUAUUUGUUUUAAUCCUCCUCUUGAUUCUAAGAUGUCAGCAGCUAAUUCUAUGAGCAUCAAGAACUUGAACUCAACAUUGAAGAUUUCACAAGUAAUUAGUAUCCCACUACCCCCAUCACUACCCCCUACUAAGAUGGGCAUAGUGAAACAAGGCAUAGUGUCCAUUCUUGGAUCAGAGAGUGACAAAAGAAACAAAGGUGCAGGUGCUUCAAUUAGGAGAACCCUUUCAGCUGAUAUGUCAUCCAAGAAAUGGCUAUCACAAAAUGGUUUCUCUCCUAUGAAGAAAAUUGCUUCCUCAAAAGAACUUGAUGUUCUUGGAUCACAAGAUGAGGUUUGGAGAUCAAUCCAAAAAACAAACGAACCAACAUCAAAUGAUGUUUGGAGUUCAAUUUUAACUCAAAAGAAACAAGAGUCAUCUACAUUUCCACCUCCUUAUGUCCAUCCUCUUUUGAAAAAAAUAUCUAGUUCUUUAACUGAAAAAAGUCUUGAAAUUUGUACUGAAAGUCUUGGAUCAGAAACUGGGUCUGAAAUUAUUAGGCUUUCCUCUUACAGUGAUGAAGACAAAGAUGAUCAUCCUCAAAAACAAGAAGAGGAAAAAGAAGAAAUAUUUGAGGAAUUUCCUGUUGUUAAGUUUAACCAUAACAAAAAAACAUCAAGUACUCCUCCAAAGUGUUUCCCUCCACCUAUUUCUUCCUUGGCUGCAGAGGACAAACCCUCUGUUCAUAUGCAAUCUCACAGGCAGAAUGGUAGAUUGAUUCUUGAAGCUGUCUCUGUUCCACCACAGAACCAUUUCCGCGCUCAACGCGUUGAUGGUCGCCUUCUUCUCACCUUAAUCACCACUUCAUCAGAAAUUGAAGCAGAGGAUAUUACUCAUCAACAAGUAUUCGAUGACAAUCAACAAAUCGGACACAAUGAACCAGAUAAUCUUGAUGAAGUGGAGGAAAAAGGAAAUGGUACAAAAGGGAUGCAAAUUGUGCUUGUACAAAAAUCAAGAUUGUCAAAUGGGAGAAUGAAUGUUAACACAUCAACAUUGAUGAUGAAACAACUCAUGGGGGGUCUAGAUAAUCAACAUCAUCUAACAUGCCCUAACAAGUUCAACAAAUCAAUCAAAUUGAUUGAACAGGAAGAUCAACUAACUCCAAAUAUUCCUCAAUCACUUCCACAAAUCUCUCCUCAUCUUAUCACAUCACCUGAACCAGCUUCAUUCAAUGCCUAUAAUUAUUUCUGGAAGAAAAAUCCCAAUCCCAGUGUCACAACCAUUGCCAAUAGUACAACAAAGAUAGCAGAGCAUCAAGAUUUGGUGCUAAUGAGAGGAAACAAAGCCAACAUCAAUUACUUGGUGCCUUUGUUGAAAGGAUGCAAAGAACAGAGGAAGUCUCUACUCAUUUGGGAGCCUUACUGCAUUGCCACCUCCUAAUAAUCAUCAUCAUUACUUGUCUAAUCCCACUGUUAAAUUUAAUUAAUUAGAAAGAUCAUAACAUAUAAUCACAUAACUAUAGUAUAUUACAAAUAAAUGGGGUAAUAUAAUUAUAAUAUCAUAUCAUAUGAAAUGUAAUUUUUCCUCUCUUUGUUAGGUAAGUCUAGUAGUUUUUACUCUUUUGUUGAAAAAGAGUUUCCUUAAGCCAAAUAAACAAAGAGAGAGAUCUACUAUCAAUGUUUUUGAUUUUAAAGGAUUUGAACGAUCUACUAUCAAUGUCUUUGAUUUUAAAGGAUUUGAACAAGGAAAACAUGGAGAUGUUCAUUUUAUUUAAGCUUAUGUGUGUUUUAGUUAAUAAUAAUGCUACCACUAAUUAAGAUUAGACAAAACUCUUAAUUAUGAGCCAAGUUUGACUUGGUGGUGUGUCAUGUCUAUUUAUUUGUCUGUCUCAAUAUCAAAUGGGAAUUUCCUUUC